GGUGGAGAUCCACUUGGAGGAGAUACAGAACGAAGGUCUCCUGGUGUCUUGGGCAUUCAAGGACAGACCAGACUUGAACCUUUCAGUUCUCCCGAGACUUCAACUUCGUGAGAAUGAAGGGGGAGCGGAUCUGUCCACCAUAAAGGAUCUGAUUGAGGAUACCAUUGUCAGCACGCAGCCAGCCAUGAUGGUGAAUCUGAAGGCCUGCAGUGCUGGAGCCGGUGCGGUACCCAGCAAUAAGUUGAUUCGAGAGUCCCCGUCCGGAGUAGCAGCAGCCCCUCUGGGUUCUAAGCUGUUGCUCCGGAAUCUUCGAGUGCUGAACUUGGGCUGCCAGGGGAAGGGAGGAGUUGCGGAGAUACGCUGCAUGGCAGAGCUAGACAGCCCGCCGCAGCAGAAGUGGACGAAGCCGGUGACAGCUGGCAGUGCCGGUCCCGCAGCAGAGAUGGAGUGGAAUGAGGAGCUCUUCCUGGAGUUGGGACCUAGAAGUAAAGAGCUGAAGCUACAGGUGCUGGGGAACAGUGACGGAGGGGGAGAUGUGCUGCUGGCACACGCCACACUUUUGCUUGAUUCUUUGGGCAAACAACCAUCUGGGAGACAGGUCUGCUCACUGGCCCCGGGAGCUGGGGGGUCACUGGCAGCUGAAGCUACCAUCAUAUUGGAGCUGCUAUUCCAGGAGUCUUCUGCGUCUUUGAAUGCUCAGUACACCACAUCUUUGCGAACCAGCAUCACCCCCACUAAGAAGGUGGAGAUGGACCGGACCAUCAUGCCCGACGGCACCAUUGUGACUACUGUCACCACAAUUCAGUCCCGGCCCAAGGCAGACUGCAAACUGGAUUCACCAUCAAGGUCACCUUCCAAGGUGGAAGUGACUGAAAAGAAAACAACAGUGCUCUUGGAGAGUGGCUGCCCUCGCGGCCCCUUGCCCAGCGGUAGCCGGGAUAGCCAUAUGCCCAACGGCUUGGAUCCGGUGGCUGAGACAGCGAUCAGGCAGCUAACGGAGCCGAAUAACAAGCCUGCCAAGAAGACCCCAACAAAACGUAGCACGCUCAUCAUCUCGGGAGUUUCCAAGGUACCUAUUGCUCAAGAUGAAAUGGCACUUUCUCUGGGUUACGCUGCAUCCCUGGAGGCCACGGUGUACGGGGAUUCUGCGGCAGAAGGUGCAGCUGACGGGAUGCGUGAUUCUACGGAACCGUCACAGCUGCCAGAAGCGUCACCCUCAGGACAAAGGGCCAGUCAGGAGCUGGACGAGACGACGCGAUCGGACAUUUCUGAGAGACCUUCGGUGGAAGAUGUUGAGUCUGAAACUGGCUCCACGGGAGCCCUUGAGACCAGGAGCCUGAAAGAUCACAAAGUUAGCUUUCUUCGGAGUGGUACCAAGCUCAUCUUCCGGAGAAGGAGCAAGCAGAAGGAAGCAGGCCUGAGCCAGUCCCACGAUGACUUGUCCAACGUCGCUGCCAACUCCACCGCCAGAAAGAAAGGUGGCAGCUUUUCCCGCCGCCUCAUCAAGCGCUUCUCCUUCAAGUCUAAAUCCAAACCCAAAGCUAGUGACGGCACAACAGCAGGUGAGAACUGA